AUGGGACGGGUUGAGAAGAAUCGCACAGGGUCAUCGCGCUCACGCCCGGUUUCUUGCCUGUUCUGUCGAUCACGGAAGCUGAGAUGCAGUCGACAGUUUCCCUGCGUCAAUUGCUCGAGUCGUGGACUCCCAUGCCAAUUGGAGUCCUCGUCAGUUUUGUCGACUAGCAGCGCCGAUGAGAGUUCCGAUCAACCCACGGGGAACUUUCAACAGGAUGUGCUAGCCCGGUUGCGCAAGUUGGAGGAGAUUGUGAUGACCCAACGGGAGCCUACGCGGUCGCCAUCCGAUCAGAGUGGUUCCCGACCAGGACCACCUCCUUCUCGUCGCAAACGCGAUAUUUCAACAUCUUUCACUGAGAAUCCCUCUACCGUUGAUGUGGAAUGGCUAGAGUCGCAGAUAACACACCCAGGCCCAGCAGCAGGGCUAUGCAUUGCUGAAUACGAGUUCAAAACAUGUUCCAUAAAAGAAGCAUCCAUACCCACACCUGUGGUAGAUGGACAUGAGGUGAAUUCGACCAAAAUCGUUUGGCUUCCGCUUCACGAAGAGUCAAAACAAAUAGUCAAUAAAUACCUCACGGAUAUCACAUUCCUCCAUCAUGUCGUACAUGGUCCCUCAGUCCGGGCACUUGUGGAUGAGCUCUAUGAGAAUCUCGCCACAAAAAGCGCUGUCAAACUGGGCCAAGUGUCUUUGCUCCUAGCAAUUUUGGCUAACACGGCCUUCUUUUGGACCGAACGAGACAUGCACAACGAUUUAACGGUAUUCCUCUCGGUAAGGAGCGCUAAUGACCAAUCGAAGAAAUGGAUGGCAGCUUCCUUUGAAGUUCUGGAAUAUUCUCGUUUUACAUGCUCGGAGUCCAUCGAGGAUAUUCAAGCUCUUAUUAUUGUUGCUUUUGUGGUGUGCAAUAUCGUUGGCAUCACCUCUCAAGCUCGGUAUCUCUUCUCAACGGCCGUGUCAAUCGCAUGGCAGCUGUCAUUACAUCGGAUUGAUCACAAGCACAAUGCUGAGCUCAGUGUUCCUCAUCCAAACUCAGUUCAAGCAGAAAUUGGAAGAAGGGUGUGGUGGUAUCUUGUUGCAACCGACUGGUAUGCCUUUCGACUGAACUAUACAUGGGUAAAACUAACUUGGAGUUCAAGGCAGAUGUCUCAGUUUGGUGGCUCGCAGAAAGGCAUUUAUAUGAUCAAUCCUCGUCACAUGGCAACUAAGAAACCAUCCAAUGCAAACGACGAAGAUCUUUUUGAUGGGAUGAUCAAUAUUGACAAGCCACUUGAUCAACCGACGAUCAUGUCUUAUUUCAUCCAGCGGAUCCGCCUUGGAGAGAUUUGUCGAGAAAUCAGUGAUCAGUCUUGCUUAUGGGAGACUGAACUCGGCAGUCCAGACUACACACAGGUCAAGGAGAUUGAUAGAAGGAUAUGUGAAUUCAGUCAAGCAUUACCGCCGUUCUUUCAUUUGGAUUAUGACACGAGUGACACACCAGAGUCCGGUCCCUGCAGAUCGCCUACCAUAAUCGUCCAUCGAUACGUCAUUAAUGCCAUGCUACAAACGCAACGUUGCAGGUUGCAUUUGCCGUACCUCUCUCGCGGACAAGAGAACUUAUACUCUUAUUCGAGAGAUGCGUGCCUUGACGCGGCGCGAAUGGUUAUUCGCAUGGAACUACAGUUAUCCUCGGAAGAUAUCCCCUUUGUUAUGACCAGACUUAAAUUCUCUGGAAGUCUACUCUGUAUAUGCAUGGCUAUUAUUGCAUUGUUGAUGGAUUUCUGCCACAAUAAGAGCCUCCAGCCGGAUGAGGACCGGGAGCGACGAAACGAAAUCAAAGAUGCGCUAAGAAUUCUCGAAGAGGGUAAAAGUCAGUCCUCAUUCGCGGGCAAACUCCUCGACACCUUCAACUCCAUCCUCCAACGCAACAAGGUUCCGUUACCUUCCGAAAAACGAUCGUCCAGAUCAAGAAAUGCCAAUGGGCUUAACCCCCCUGUUCCAGCUACAAUCUCGGUGACACCUGGCACAGCCGACAUGGAAUCAAUGCUCACUGAGCCUACGCUCCCUUCGUUGGAUUUUUGGCAGACGUUUGAUGCUAGCGUUGCUCCAUCUACUCUUUUCGAUUGGAACUCGCUGCUAUCUGAGCUUGAUGCUCCCUUUUUAUCAAUAUAA